CGAGAGAGACGUGACCACCAUGAGGGAGAGCGGAGGGUCGUCUGUGUCGGUGCGGACGGGGCUGGUGGCGGGGCUGGUGGCGGGGCUGGCGGUCGGGGCCGGCCUCUGCUACUGCGUUUACCGAGCGAGCAGGCGGAGAAGGGGGCGCGAGGGAGGGCCAAAGCGGGGAGAUGUUCGCCCAGGGCAGGAGCACCAGGCGGCCGCCCCCACAUUGCUCCAGAAAGUGUCGGCGAUGCCCGUGAUUUCCAGCCCGGGCCGGAAGGGGCCGGAAAACCUUCGGCGAGAAGACGUGGAUCUUCCAAAAUCAUCCCAUGAUCUGGAGGCACACCAUAUACAGAAUCUUAUUCGUUUACUUGACUCUACGAAGGAUCCCACAAUUCAGGAGCAAGCCUUGGUUACAUUGAGCAACAGUGCUGCAUUCUCUGCAAAUCAGGAUAUCAUUCGAAAUUUAGGCGGGCUUAUCGUCGUUGGAAAAAUGCUUUCAGUUCCUGACACUAAAGUGAAAGAAAAAGCACUGAAUGCACUUAAUAACUUGAGUAUGAAUAUUAAAAAUCAAGAAGAGAUGAAGAUAUAUAUUACCAUAGUUUGUGAGGAGACAGAUUCAUCUCCCUUGAACUCUGAACUUCAGCUGGCUGGGCUUCGAUUUUUAACCAAUAUGUCUGUUACCAAUGACUAUCAUUACAUGAUGACAAGCUUCAUACCAUGCUUUCUUCAUAUGCUUUUGGAAGGAAAUGAAAGAACACAGGUGCAAGUUCUAAAAGUGCUUGUGAAUUUAUCAGCAAACCCAGCUAUGACGGAACAUCUCCUUAAUGCUCAGGCACCCUUCUUAUUAUCCCUGUUUGACGCCUGCAUAAACAAAGAAGUUUUGCUCAGGGUCCUGGUGUUUGCCACAAACUUAAUAAAACUUACGCAAAAGGACAAGAGUAUUACUGUCCAUCAUCACAAUGAAGGUUCAAUUUUUUCUGUACUCUGGGGGAAUACUACAGAGUGUGCUCAGAAACUAACCUCUUUGUUGUACCAUCAUGACACGGAAGUAAAAGAGCAAGUGGCAGAACUGAUAAUGCAGCGGUGCUGAAACUGGAAAUCGUUAAAAGCCUCCAUUCAAAAUCAAAUUCCGGAUGCAAAAGCCUAAGCUGAUGCUUAUGAAUGUAGGACUCACACUAUAUAUAUGUUCAUGGAACAGGAAGAAAAGAAGUAGAACUUCUUGCAUGUAUGAAACUACUUUCAACCUCAAUGGAAAAGCAUUACAUGGUAGAAUUCACAUGAAGCUGUAGAUCAGGACUGUUCAUUUAUGUUACUAAAUACAAUUUGUGUAGAGCUAAUUUCUGUAGAAAUGCUUCAGCCAUAACUUUGCAUGUUUUGAUUUAAAGCUGUGUCUCAAGAGUCCAACUCACUUCAAAUAGGAGUUAGGCAUUUUGUGUUGCUGGUUUCAUCCUUGCUACUUUUCAGGUGUCUCAGACUUUUUUUAAAAAAUGCUGACAUUUAAGUCAUUUAUUUUCAGUUCAGACAUUUAAUUAUUUUAAAGAUGAGCCAGCUAUUCUUAUAGCUAUUUUGUGGUGUCUUAUGUUUUAUUCAGUUUGUAUAUUUGUAUAUUUUUGUACACUGCCUUGAUAGAUAGAUCAAGAUCAAUUAAAACAUUUAUACUAUCUUCUUAGGGCUGAGAAAACCUGAUGCAAGAAUAUUUUGGCUGUAUGUGAGUUCCAUAUGUAAAUAUGGAGAAAACUCCAUAUAAGGGUAGAACUACUUCCUCUAUUGAAAUGUAUGAGGAACAGCUUGUGUAUAGCAAGCUGCAAGGGUGCAACAGGUAUAACAGCAUUUACAAUGAGCAUACAAUGUUUUGUAAUGUGUUGGCAUUGCUGUCUCCCGUACCCUGUUUUUAUAUACCAGUACAAUGAGUAUUAAGAUAAUCAAACUGUGCUUUUUUAUCUACUAUUUAAGCCCUCUAAAAAGAAUAGCUUGCAAUUAAAUUUACACCUCUGGAAGGAAUUUAUUUUUGUUUUGCAAAGAUGGUCAGAUUUAUGUAUGGUUGAGUUUAUACUCGAGGUAGAAAUCUUGCAGCCUGGUUAUGACAGAUUUCAUCAGUCACAAAAGGAUGUUACUGCCCAGUAUCUUAAAGAUGAACUUAAGUCCUCCAACAAGUGAGCUGUGAACAUCAGUGUACCAAAAGCCAUAAUUCAUUGCAUUUGUGUUUUAGUAGCUCAAACCCAUAUACCUGAAUAAAAUGUAAAGUAGCAAUUAAAUGAAAAAGUAUGUUUCAAAUGCGGUGCCAUAGUACUCUCCCAUUUUGUAUUAAAAGAGAAUAGAUUUCACAGCAAACACAAUUAUGUAGUGAUGUAAAACUGCAAAUAGUAUGUUGAAUAUUAUUCUUUAGCUGGAGGUAAAUCCUACUAAAGAAAAAUUGGGAGAGAAAAAGGAGUGUGGUUAUUUCUUAUUGUGAUCAUAUUAACAUAACAUACUCAAAAGUAUUAUUCAAUAAUAUGACUACUUCUGAGCAAGAGAAAUCUUUAUUUUGUAAAUUAGUUUUACUAGUUUGACACAUGUAUAAUUGGCCAUUUUUUACAAUGUUGAACAAAUUAAUAUCAUGCUUUUAAAUUGUUAUAAGCAAUUUGUAUAUGUUUUUCCACAUCAUUCUGACAAACCAAUUCAUUUGAAGCCCACAGUUGGCGGCAGGGAGCAAGCACAAACAAAACAAGCUGAAUAAAGAUUUCAGAGAACAAACGCUUCCAGUUA